GCAGUUCACCUUUUGCAGGAGUGGAAUUGAGUCAGCUCGCUGUGACAGGCAUCACUCCCCGCUCGUCGUAAACCAUGGCUGAAGAUGAUGUUGCCGCGCUGGUGGUGGACAAUGGCUCCGGGAUGUGCAAGGCUGGCUUUGCAGGGGAUGAUGCCCCCAGAGCUGUGUUCCCCUCCAUCGUGGGGCGGCCUCGACACCAGGGUGUGAUGGUGGGAAUGGGUCAGAAAGACAGCUACGUUGGGGAUGAAGCCCAGAGCAAGAGGGGCAUCCUGACCCUGAAAUACCCAAUUGAACACGGGAUUGUGACCAACUGGGAUGACAUGGAGAAGAUCUGGCACCACACCUUCUACAACGAGCUGCGAGUGGCCCCAGAGGAGCACCCUGUCCUCCUCACAGAGGCUCCACUCAAUCCCAAAGCCAACCGGGAGAAGAUGACCCAGAUCAUGUUUGAGACCUUCAACACCCCAGCCAUGUACGUUGCCAUUCAAGCUGUGCUGUCCUUGUAUGCCUCUGGCCGCACCACUGGCAUUGUGAUGGACUCUGGGGACGGUGUGAGUCACACUGUGCCCAUCUACGAAGGCUACGCCUUGCCACACGCCAUCCUGCGUCUGGACCUGGCUGGCCGGGAUCUCACUGACUACUUGAUGAAGAUCAUGACCGAGCGUGGGUACUCCUUCACAACCACGGCCGAAAGGGAGAUUGUCCGUGACAUCAAGGAGAAGCUCUCCUAUGUGGCCCUAGAUUUUGAAUCUGAGAUGCAGACAGCCAGCUCCUCCUCAUCCUUGGAGAAAAGCUACGAGCUCCCUGACGGCCAAGUUAUCACCAUCGGCAAUGAGCGUUUCAGGUGUCCAGAAACCCUCUUCCAACCCUCCUUCAUUGGGAUGGAAUCUAAUGGAAUCCAUGAGACCUGUUUCAACAGCAUCAUGAAGUGUGAUGUGGACAUCAGGAAGGAUCUGUACGCCAACAUAGUCAUGUCUGGUGGAACCACCAUGUUCCCAGGUAUCGCUGACCGGAUGCAGAAGGAAAUCACAGCCUUGGCUCCAAGCACCAUGAAGAUUAAGGUCAUUGCUCCACCAGAGAGGAAGUAUUCAGUGUGGAUCGGAGGUUCCAUCCUGGCUUCUCUCUCCACCUUCCAGCAAAUGUGGAUCAGUAAGCAGGAGUAUGAUGAGUCUGGUCCCUCCAUUGUCCAUCGCAAGUGCUUCUAAUGGCCCUGGGUCAUGUGCACUCGUUGUGACCAUCAGUCUUCACCUAUUUGGAGCUCCUGCCAACCCUUCAAUUUGAUUUAUUGCACAUUUUACCUCUCCCAAUUUCUUCCUGCUCAUUGAAUGGAUUAAAGUCGGCUAUGCACCUGUCUGUAUACAUUGUGAUGGUACUGCAGCCAUGUUUUGGGUGGGACUGAGGAGAGAGUUAAUACAAUAAACAAAAAAAACUGGGAGUGGGAUUGGAAGGGGUUAGUAACGUCUGAUUUUGUUACCACAAUGGAUUUGCCUUGUAUUGCAAAAUAAAGAUUUUUUGUUGUCAAUAA